CAGCCUGCAUAGCGGUACUAUUGGUAGUAAACUUGACAUGAAUUUUUUCUCCUUUCUUGCAGGACGACUUCAAGUUGCAGAGUGUCAGAUGUGCGGCACACAUUCUAUCACUUGCCAUCGAAGAUGCCUUGAAAGUGAAUAAAACUCACCAAGCAACAAUCAAGUCUGCCCGGGGCCUGGCAAAAUACCUCCUCCAGGAAACAAAGGUACGCCAACUGACAGCAGCCAACCUCCCUCUGCCCAUGCUUGAUGUUUGUACCCGCUGGGGCAGCACGUAUGACAUGCUGCAGAGUGUAAUGAACCUGCGAAACUUUGUCACCAUGACUCUGAAGUGGACACAGACAUCAGAUGAAAUUGAGCAUGGUCUCUCGGAGGACAAGUGGAAGGCCGUGGACGCACUUCUUGAAGAUCUUGGUCCGGCACGGAAGGCGACCACUGAUCUUCAGAGGGAAGACCUAACAUUAGGAGAGUUCUUUGCCAUCUGGACUGGGGUGGUGCUCAAGCUGGAGAAGCGGAAGAGGUCUUCGGAACUCGCCAAGGCUCUCCUGGAGGCGAUGAAGACGCGGGAGAAGCGAGUCCUUUACAGUGACAGAAGAAAAGGCGAGCGGUAUUCCCCGCUCUUCAACUACCCCAGCUUUAAUGCUGCCCUCUUCCUGGACCCUCGAUUCUUCUCCAUCCUGUCGCCGGAACAGGUUGACGACGCCAAGAAGUACCUGAUUAGUCUCUGGGAGAGGAUGGAGGCGGUCAAGGGACCUGCCGAAAUUCCUGCAGAUACCACCUUGAGUUCAGACAGCGAUGGGGACGACUCCGAUGGUGAACAAGAUCUCUUCUCAAAACUCCUCGAGGCCAAGAACAAGGAGCGGCUACGCCAGUCACAGGGCGCGUCAGAUCAUCGUGCGGGACCAGCGGGUCGUGCGGCGCAGAGGGCCGCUCUACGCGCAGCACUCGACGACUACGAGCGCUCCACGUCACCACUGUCCCGGAAAGCGAGUGUCUUCGAUUACUGGGCUAAAAGGAAGCUGCUCUGCCCGGAACUAUUUGAGCUUGCCAUGGUAGUUCUGAGCAUACCAGCGACCCAGGUGUCGGUGGAGCGCCUUUUCUCGGCACUCAAGUUUAUUCUACGUCCUCAGAGACAUGGACUUUCAGCGAAGCUCGUCAAUGAUGUGGCGUUUCUUCAGGCCAACAGAAGUGUGGUAAAGGCUCUUGUUGGCAAAGUAUUGCCACAGGUAACAGCCACCACCACUUCUUUGUCAAAGAAGAAGCAUCCUUCCAGAGGCAAGUCGACACGCCAUUCUUCGGAAUCUUCGGAGACUUCUGAGCUUGUUGACGAUGUCAGCACAGUGUCCGAAGGCGGAGGAUAGGU